GUUAAAAAAUAAAAACAAAUAUAAAUGUCAAUAAAACAAUUUUACUGCAUUAAAUUAUUAUAAACUCUGAAAACAAAAUAAAUUUAUAAACAAUUACUGCUAAAUUGUUGUAAACACAAAAACACAAUACAAUUUUUGGACUACAAUAAAACUCUUGAAAACAAAAACAAAACUAAGUUGGCAACACUAAAUUGGAAAUCAAUUUUGGAUAAAUGAAAAUGUAAACAUUUUCUUUGAACACUUUCGGAUUAACUAAAACAAAUCAAACGAGUAUAAAAGUAUUUAAAAUUUAUAAAAGUUGGCAAAAAAAAGAACAAAAAACAACAAUAUUUAACAGUAAUUGAGCAAAACUGAAAAGUAAUUUCUAUUCAUCACUUGGCAAAAAAACAAAUUUUGAGAAAAACCCAAAAUUUAACAAAAAAAAAAUAUUUUGGAGAAAAAAAUAUUUUAACAUAAAAUUAAUAAUAAUAACAAUAAAAAAAUAAUAUAAACAAAUAAAAAACACAACAUAAUAAACACUAAGAAGAAAGGAAAUAAAAUAAAAACAAAGAUUUAAAACCAGAAAACGUCAUAAAAAAGAGAUAAUAAAGAGAGAUUUAAACCCCCCAUUUAAAGAAAUAAUAACUCCCCCAAAAAAACAAGAGAGAUUCUAACGAAAGCCUAUUUUUAAUAAAUAAAUAACUAAAAAAGAGAUAAAAACAACAAUCUAUCAAACUACCACAAAAAUGACAAUUAAGCUGAGAGUAUAAUAAAGCAAAACAAAACUCACUGAGAGCGUGUGUUCAACAAUAGCAAAAAGCAACAGUCAUAAACAUAUAGCAAAUACUUAAACCUUUUUAUACAAAAUACCACUGCACAUAUAGCUUAGACAUAAACCAAAAACAAUAACAACACCAACAAAAUGGCUAUAAACUUUUCCGCUUCGUUUGCGGCCUGUAUAGCAGCCGGCCUUAAGGUGCCGCGACAAAUAAUGUACUGCAUCACCCAGGAUACGGGGCAGCCCUAUGUCCUCUACAAGGACUCGCAAGAGGCCGAGAGAAAUGCCGCCGCCAUUGGUGGCUCGGCCACACAGUGGGGCAGCGAAAUGUAUCCGGGCAUACAGCAACAGGCUCAAACACAUUUAAGCGCACAACAGCAACAGCAGAAUGCAGCAGCGCAAAUUGCGGCCAAUGGCCAGUCAGCGGCCGCAAAUGGACCACAGCCGACUUCGCCGAACGGUGAUCCCAAUGUUCGAGAGAAUGGUGGUGAUGCUGGUGGAGGGACAGGUGGCGGGGGAGGUGUAAGACAGCAAGGUUCUCCUUCGACUAGUCCCUACCCGCCACAACAGCAGCAGAGAGCGAAUGGCAGCAAUGAGGAUGAUGUGAAUAUGAAUCAGGUGAGGGCAAAGGCAUCUGGUCUUCAACAUCAAAACUCCACCCAACAAACCAAUCCAAACCAAAGCUCAAAUGAUCCCCAACAGCAUCAGCAGCAAAACGGCAGUGCUGCCGGCUCAUCCGACAAUCCGGCGGGGAAUAAUCCACAUGUACAACAGAAUGGCCAAACUAAUGAUCACAGCAAUUUUCCUACCACAAACGGUGAACUAUCCGGCUACUAUGCACCACGACAUCCGGGCCAAGGAGCUCUUAUGGCACCGCCCGGCUUCCCACCCCUUCACUAUCUCAACAAACCCGUGUUGCCGGGACUUAACGGCAGCAUGGAUCAAAGUGCGGCCAAUGGUCCCUCCAAUGGUUUAGAGGGCUACACCUUGCCCGAACUAUUACCCGGACAGAAUGGCUCGGCCAAUAGCAAUAACCAGCAGAAUGGCUCCAAUCACAAUACAUCAUCAACCAAUGGCACCGGCGGACGUCAUCCCACCUCUAGCAGCAAUAACAAUUCAUCGUCGGGCAGUCAUAAACCUCCUAAACCUCACAGUGAUCUAAGGCUAUUCAAGUGCCUGACCUGCGGCAAAGAUUUCAAGCAGAAAAGCACCCUGCUGCAGCACGAUCGCAUACAUACCGAUGCCCGGCCGUAUCCCUGUUCGGAGUGUGGCAAGCGCUUUCGCCAGCAAUCGCAUCUGACGCAACAUUUACGCAUACACGCCAAUGAGAAGCCGUUUACGUGUGGCUACUGCAAUCGUGGCUUUAGACAGCGGGCGAUACUGAAUCAGCAUGUUCGCAUCCAUUCGGGUGAGAAGCCCUUUGCGUGUCCCGAGUGCGGCAAGCACUUUCGCCAGAAGGCCAUCCUUAAUCAACAUGUGCGAACCCACCAAGAUGUUUCACCACAUCUCAUAUUCAAAAAUGGACCCCAUCCCACUUUGUGGCCCCAGGAUGUACCAUUUCCGGGCGAGGAGAACGACACGAAGAAUGGUAUUGCUGGUGAUGGUUAUCACGAUGAAGACUCUCAAGGUGGCCAAGAUGGUGGUAUACACUAUCCUUCAUACUUUAAAGAUGGUAAAGGUCAAAAAAUCUUACCCGAUGUUCUGCAACACAUUGGCAUCCGUCCGGCUAAUAUGCCCCUGUAUGUACGUUGCCCCAUUUGUGAUAAGGAAUUCAAACAGAAGACCACUCUACUACAGCAUGGUUGCAUACAUAUCGAAUCGCGUCCUUAUCCCUGUCCCGAGUGCGGUAAACGUUUCCGUCAGCAGUCGCAUUUGACGCAACACUUACGAAUACAUACCAAUGAAAAACCGUUCGGUUGUCUCUACUGUCCGCGUUUCUUCCGUCAGAGAACCAUAUUGAAUCAGCAUAUUCGCAUACAUACCGGAGAGAAACCUUAUAAAUGUACCCAAUGUGGCAAAGACUUCCGUCAGAAGGCCAUUUUGGAUCAGCAUACACGAACGCACCAGGUAGGUGAUCGUCCCUUCUGCUGUCCCAUGCCAAAUUGCCGCAGACGUUUCGCCACAGAAAACGAGGUAACCAAACACAUUGACAACCACAUGAAUCCGAGUGCCACCAAGACACGAAGAGCCAACAAUACCAACAGCAAUACAACACACUCAGCGGCCGCAGUGGCAACAGCAGCAGCUGCUGCCGCGGCCAAUCAUUUAAUGAAUGAGACCAAAAAUGCAGCAGCCCAACAGUUUCUGAACAACAAUAACAACAACAAUCCAGUCACUCAACCGGGCGAAAACAAAAACAAUAUACUACCGCGUUCAAUGGGAGGUGGAGGAGUGAAUACAGGAUCACAAGUGAAAAAUGAACUGUACUUUCCGCAGUGUUACGGGCCACCAUUCCAGCAUCCCUUUCAAGGACAGCCACAGGCAGCUCAUGCCGGUCCCGGACAACCAGCCGUAUCGGUAAGUGUUGCCAAUUCUGUAGCGCCGGGGGUGGUGGUGCAGCAAAAUGCUGCGACCUCAGUAGUGGCCCAGUGACAUCCCCCAAAUGCGGGAACCACAGCAACUGUGUCGUCGGCAGGAGGUAGUGGUGGUGGUGGCAGUAAUGCAGGCAAUAGCGGUGGUACCACAACUGCCGCGGCAGCCCACAGUCAUCAUCAUCAGCAACAGCAGCAGCAGCAACAGGCAGCCCAGCAUGCCAGCAGCUCUGCUGGCCAAGCUCCCCAAACAGUAACACUCUCGAUAACAUUACCGCCCGUGGGAGGUAUGCCUCCUACAGCGGCUGCCGUGGCAGCAGCAGCUACGGCCACCUCUUCGCAUCAUCAUCAGGGUCAUACAACGCACGCUCACAAUCAACCGCCGCCAGCUCAUCCACCACCCACAGGACCUCCUCCCACUCUCUCCCAUGCUAUUCCUAUACAUCCACAUAUACACUCAAUAUUCGGAUCUCUAUGAUAAUAUCAACAAUCUUAAGUAUACAAUGAUUUUCUUAAAAUUUUAAACAUAUGUAUAAACAUUUUUUUUUAAAAAAAACGAACACUCUAUCGAAAGCAGAUAAAGAGUCCUUUUUUAAGCAUUUGCUAAACGAAUAGAUACACUGAGCUAAACAAAAAAACAACAUAACUGAAAAACCUUUUAAAAACAAGCAAUUACGUAUACAAAUUUUCAUUUCAAUUCAGUUUUAUAGGUUUUAUAAUUACAAAUUUUUAAAACUAAGUUUUAAAUUUUACUACAAAUCACACGAAAGAACGCUUGGGCGUUAAGUGUUUUUAAUUUGUGCUUUUUCUUAAGAGAUUAUUAAGAAAAUGAUUUACUAGUCUUUUCGAAAAGGACUCUAAACUUGGUAAACUUAAUAGAAAAACAAAUAAAACAUUAAUGACAAAAGUACAUACUACUCUACCUAAACAUAAAUCAUUUGAAAACAUUAAAAACAAACCCAACUAAUUCUACGCAAAACGGUUAUAAUUUUAAAUGAAAAGAAAAUUAUUUUUUAAUUUUCUUAAAGACUUUAGUUGAAACAAUUGUUAAAAUAAACAGGAAAUCAUAUUAUUUUCCACAGUGUAGUUAAAUAUAAAAGAAAGUUACAGUUUUUAUAGAAAGUUACAGCUCUGCUUGUUAUCAUUCACAAUAGCAAUGGUCAGGCAGGCUUGGAAAUGUUGAUUUAAUAACAGCUCUGCUUUGCAUUAUUCACAAUAGUAAUGAACAGAGCUGGCUGUGCUGUACAAGCUUAAAUUGCUCUUAAAGUUAUAAUUGCAACAAAUUAAACAAAUACUUAAAUUUAAAAGUAUUUUUUAAUGUAAGAUAAGGUAGCAAAAUGUCUAAAAUUAAGAGAGACAUAAAGCUUUAGAGACUGAGGGUCUCAUUUUGUAAAACGAAGCGUUCAGAAACGUAAGCAAUUUGUAUGAAGAAUACUGGGAAAAAAGGGUUUGAAACUUGAAUGUUUUCCAUACAAAAUUUGUUUCGUUUUAUAAAAUUAGACCCUGAAAUUUCAACAUGAAAUGAAUACAAUUUGAGGAAAAACAAAAUAUGAUUUUUAAAUUCCUAUUUAAAUAAAUCAUCAAUGUUAAAGAAAUCUCCAAAGUUCUACAUCAAUAUAUUCCAAAACAUUUAAGAUUUCAACCAAAAAUCUACUUUCAUUUCAGUAUUCUAAAAGUAAUCAGUGCAAAAAUAAUCCAUUAACACAUGUGGCUCUAAAAUUAAGACAGAAUUGAAGAUUUAGAAACUGAAAUUUUUAAAAUAAUUGUUUAACAACAUUAAUUUUAGUAUUUAAUAAGAAAUUGUUCCAAAGUUCUUCAAAAUUAUUUUUCGAAUUUCAAAUUUUCUUGGAUUUCCCAAGUAUUUUAAGUAUUUUGCUAACAAAUUGAUGAUGUGCUUGAUUUUAUAAAAGUAAACAGUCCAAAAAUAAACCCUAGGCGCCUGUGGCUCUAAAAUUAGGAGAGAAAUUACAAUUUAGAGACUGAAAUGUUUUCUAGUUCAUCAAAAUUGUUUUUCAAAUUUUCAAGAAUUUCUCAAGUAUUUGAAACAAAUCGCAAACAAUUUAAUACCUUUAAAAUAAAACUAAAAGAGAUAUGAAGUUUUAGAGUCUGAAAGAGAGUUAGAUCUAAAAUUUAAACACAUUUUAAAUCAACCAAAUAAUUUUGAGUUUAAUACCUUUUCCUUUAACUAACUACACUGUGAAAAACUAUAUGAUUUUCCCAAAAUGUGCAAGAAAUCUUCUUUAUACUUGAAAGAGCAGCUUUAGUAUACUUUUUUUAAACAAUUUUAUUUGAUAAACUUUAAUUUUGUAAGAUUUUUUUUCGUUAUUUAGUUAAGACAAAUUAUUAUCAUAUAUAUUUUUUUUUUUUGUUACUAAUAACUAUUAUUUUAUUAGUAAGUAAGUUAUCAUAUAUUUUUUGUAUUCUAAUUUAUUAAAUUUUUAUUAUUUUUUCUUUUUUUUAUAAAAUUGUGAUUAUUUUUUUAUUUUUUUUUAAAUAAGUUAAAAUCCUGUAAAUUUAAAGAAACUCUAACAUAUUUGCAAGCAAACCAAGUCUUCCCAUAUACAAAAAAAAAAAUAUUUUGUUCCGUUUAGUUUGUUUUAUUAAAACCACACAAUUUUGUUUUUAAAACUCAUUGUAGAACUCCAGAGUGCCAUAAUCAACAGAAAAAAAGAAAUAUAAAUAAAUUUUAAUUAAAAAAUAAAGAAGUAUUCCUAUAGCAACUAAAAAGUAAAGUCAUUACAAUUUCUUUUUAAUUAUCUAACUUUUAAACUCUUCUCUUAGUGUGGUUUAAAAUAAAAGAAAACAAUUUCGUAGUUUUAAAAUAACGGCAUUUAUUCAAAAAAAAAGAAAAAUUUAAAUACACAGCUCUGUUUUGUUACAUCAGCUUCAUUCACAAUAACCCUUCAACUGUUAGCUAAAGCUGGGAGUUAUUAUUUGUCAUUUCUUAAAAUGAUUGAAAUUUAAAGAAUUUUCUUAUUUUCUUGUAAUUCUUUUAGCAAUUUAAGUUAUUAUUAAAAGAAUGAAGAAAUUUUUUCAUUGUUUUCAUUUAUGUUUCCCUUUUUUUAUAUAGUUUUGUUUAAAUUUAUUUUUUAUAUAUAGAUUAAUAGCUUUUAAGUUUUAUUAUUUAACUUUUUUUAGUUGUAUGUUCUUUCACAAAAACCACAAAAUAAUAUUUAUAUGAAUAAAAAAAAUUUUAUUAAAAA